AUGAAAAUCGUUUCGAUCAUCUUAACCCUGUUACUUUUAUUCUUUAUCAAUUUAUUUUUCGUAAAGUCCAUAUACAAAAAUGAGCAGAGCUACAAUGUACCGCUCAAUGUUUUAUUCAGUAAGGGAAAGAACAUCAGGAAGAGGUUAUGCAAUGAAUGUUUUUUUAAAAAUGAAGUAAACCUGAUAUACAAUAGUUGCCGUGCUUUGGAGAGAGUAAACUACCAUAAGUUUAAUCGUAGCAAAAUUUUUUAUUUUGUAAAAGAAUCUCCAAAAUUUCUGAAGAGAUAUGUUAGCUUGAGGUCGGUGUCCAAAAUUUCAGACAUUCUAUCGGUUCGUUCUUUGACUACCUUUCUUUCGGAAAGAGCAUCUCUGUUGACUAACUCUUUUUAUCUGUUGGAGGGUACCUACAUAAAGAAUAAUAUUUUACGCGGCUUGGUUGGUUUCUUCGGGACUCUCGUGUUGCGCUUCCUGGUUGUGUACCUCGUCCAACUAGCCGCAUCCUUCCUCCUGUUCCACUACGUUAACAUCGUUUCGCAGAAGACGCAGGCCUACAUUUUAGAAGUGAGUGGGUCCAACUACUUCUCGAGGAUAAUUGGCUUCUUCCAACUGAACCUUGUGAAUUAUUAUUUAAAUGUGGCAGGUGAGUUUGUUCAAGCAAUACUCAUACGAGUACUCUUCAACCAGUAUGAAGGACACCUCAUCAAGACAAUCAUAUACAAUAGCUCCGACUACUAUAUAAACACCAGGCUCACAAAUAAGUAUCAACUCCUCUACCAGUGCACAAAGAAAUUCGUUCUCACACGUAUCAACAAGCUGAGUCUAUUUACCUUCAAUUACAUGCGCUACUUCGUGUUGACUAAUUUGUUCUUUAAAAUUUCCGGUGGCACGUACAACAAAUUUUCGCCGAGCGACGUGAAGAUGCCGGGUGUCUACUCCAACCCGAAAAAGAGCCUAAACAAAGACAUGAAGUAUGCCACGAAAAGGGAAAUAGAAGUUCUAAGGAGAUUCUGCAAGGAAACGGGAUGCCACACAUGUGGAGUCAGUUGCCACGACAGGUUCAUAGGGGACCACCAACCACCUGUACAAGUUAUUAAGGACAUGAUUCAAUAUUACAAAAAAAGGAAGUUCCUCCGAGCUAUACUCAAAUUUUUUAAAUUAUAUGACACCAAGCAGAGAUUAUAUCCCCAGUGUAUUCGGUGUUCACAGUUACAGUCUGCUUCUGUGAGGUGCAAAAAACAGCGGCUCAUUCCUCACUACAAUACCAUUAGGCUUUUCCAUGUUUCUUCUAUUUUUCACUUGGCACUGAAGAUGCUUCUCCUUACCCAGUGGAAUAAGAUAGUCUUUUGGGAUGGAGACAAUAUACGCUGA